UCGCUCCUAUUGGUCCUUCAGAAACUAGCCCCGCCCCUGAGAUCCGGAUUCACCGCCAUCAGACAGCUGUUCACCGACACCUGCGAUGACAUCAUCAGAACUGGGCGCUGUGGCCAAUCGGCGCAGGAGCUGGCCGCCCCCCUGUCUCAGCUCAGCAGUGGACAGAGCUUUGAGCUGCUGGAAGUCCUUGCAGAGAGGCUGGGGGUCCUACAGGAAUGGCUGGGGGUCCAGGGGGUGCCGCUGAUCACCCUGCAGGCCCAGAACACGCUGCAGCAGCUCCUGGACAGUGCAGUCUAUACGUUCAGAAAGCUUCUCUGUCAGCAGCUGAGUGAGUCCCGGAGCCCCUCCCAGCUCUCUCACACACUGCACAGGGUCCAGGGCAGAGUGAUAAAGAAGCUGGAUCAUGACUGCAGGGUGGCUGAGACCCGGCUGUUCCGGGAAGCCCUGGUUCUGAUGGCUCAGCCGGUCCUAUUGAGAGAACUGGAGCCCAGCUGCAAACUGGGGCUGGCGCAGUAUGAAGAGAUGGUGUUUGCAGAUUACAGCACAGUGAUUCACAUUGAGAAUAUCUAUGAAGACAUCGUGCUGCAGGCUCUAAUGAAAGAGAUCAAUGAAGUUCUGACCUGUAUACCUGACAGCACCGACCAAUUGGACAACCAGCUGACCACUGCCUGGAAAGGAUCGUCCAAUCACCUUUCAGACUCCAGUACUGGGUCAUAUGACAACAUACCCAAAACCCUGGGGGAGGAUCCAGCAGAGCAAGAGAGCUGUGAUCAAGCUGAGGAGGCUUCCCAAAAAAACUGCACCGGAUCGACGCAUGAACACGAAUCAGUCUUGAAGACAGAAAGACCGAUGAGCCAACAAAGACUAGAUCGACUCAUCUCAGAUCCAGAAAGUGAAAAUGCACGUGUGUUUUUGAAGUUAGUCCAGAACAAUGCAACAGAAAGCCCCUCACACAUCGAAGGCCAGACCACCAGACUCCAUGUAGGUGUGCAGUGCUUGGAGUCCACCAGCACCGCAGAAUCAAGAGAGCUUUUUUAUAAACAGCAGCAGGCUCCUGGUGGCAACCACACUGACACACCAGAACUCACCAUCAAAGAGGGUCGCUGUUUUGCUGAGGAAGGAGGGCCAUCUGAAACAAUGGAGGAAGAUGGAGGGGAAUAUCAGAAUGUUGAGGAGAGCAGGUUAAAGGGUCAGGAACCUAGUUGAGAUGCCUUCAAACUUGGACCCAGCUUGUGUCUUGAGGACGAGGAGUCUUUGGGGAGGGUUGAAAAGGUGCACUAGCUUCCUAUGGAAAUCAGAGCUGAUCGAUCACCUGAAUUGAUGAACCAUGGCUUUGAUUUGGAAAACUGAGGUGGAGGUCCAUCUCUGGAUCCCAAGUCACGUGAACAUGUUGUUUGUGGAAAGCAGGACAAGGGUGGCCAAGCGGAGCUGGAUAACCAGUUGGAUAAUGGACUGGCAAUUGAAACAGCGGAGAACUCUGGGGAAACUAUUGUGGAGACACGACCAAAGGGAACUGAGAAGGAGGGAGCAGGCAGUUUUGGAUAUGGGGGUGUGUGGGACAGGACAGAAAGUCUAAAACGGGUUUACGCACACACACACACACACACACUAUCACAAACACACACACACUCACAAUCUGUGCAGGGGAGGGAACGUCAGAGAGAUACAUCAGAUCAGUGCCAAUAUCUUACAGAGCCUCAAACCCUUCAUUCACUCCCAGUCACUAUUCAUAGCUCUGUGCUAGAUGGCAGUUCCAGUUUCAAAGACACUGUGGAUGAUGUCACGUCAGCCCUGUCUGUUGGAACUGGAAUCUGCAGUCAUUCGGAAUGGCUGAUGAAUUCUGUUGUUCUAACGGUUCUUACCGUGUUCUAUCUACUAGCUGGCUGAUGUCUUGCUUGCAGGCUUGUGUGGUGAAGCAAUCUUUUAUUUGAUUUAUUUGUUGCUUCUUUGUCUGAUGUGAUGUUGUGACCUUUCAACUGUACAGCGUUCUUAAAUGGACUGAAAGAUAAAGAAGAGGACGUGGGGUAUCACAGCCUGCCUUCUCAAAUGCUCUCCAAUGGGCAAUGCGGACAGGCAGUGCCUCUGUGCUGUGGGUCAAGUGUGGCUCCGCUCUGAAGCGCUGGGGUCAGCGCCCGUAUAAAUCAGCUGCUUUCAAAUAAACCCACUUCCCUUUU